AUGACGGAACAAGAAGAAAAAAAUAUUCUUGUAGUCAAAGAAUAUAUGCAAAUCAGUUAUGAUCCUGAACGUUCAUCAUCAAAAAAUGUUGCUCAUCUUGUUGCUUCAGAUAAUAAAUUUAUUGCACCAACAACAUUUCCUGAUAUACAUAAUUGUCAAGCAUAUGCUGAUGAACAUGGAAAAUUAAUGAAAAGUAUAAAUGAUUUAAGAAUAACUGAAAUUAAUUAUUUGAUCGCCAAAGAUGAUCAAGUUGCAUUACGUUAUUCAGCUGAAGGAAGUCAUUGUGGACAACCUUAUAAAGGUAUUCAAGCAACAGGACGAAAAGCUAAAUGGACAGCUGCUGCAUUAUUUAAAUUAAAUCAUGAAGGAAAAAUUACGUUGUUUAUUAAAGAAUGGGAUAAAUUAUCAAUGUGGAAACAAUUAGGUUUUCCAUUGGAAGAAGCGACAAAAGUUCCAUCAAUAUAA